CAUAGUUUUACAUUUAUACUUUAAUAAAAAAAAAACUGUUCAAAUAAUUAAAUUUAAAUAGAACCAAAAAAAAGAAAAAAAAAAAAAAAUUGAAAAUGUAAUGCUCUAUAGUAUUAAAUUAUAUAGUAUAUACCAUAAUAUAAUAAUGCCUUUUU